UUUUCCAGAGGAGAGUUCGUACCCCCUGCUGCCAAAAAGGGGCAGCGCGUGAGAGUGAUGCGAAAAUUGUCAAAUAUCGGGCGCAUGACGGCGGUGUGGCGAGACCGGUGAACCUGGCGGUGGUGGAGUGCGGCGUACGUAAAAAGAAAGAAAUAAAAAAAAACGUACACACAGAAAAUUAGGAAAAAGCAAAGGCAAAACAAACAAACACAUAGCCGCGUUAGUAGCGCCGAGAAGUUACGGCGUGCGAUCACGAUGUCGAGCACCCUGGAGAAGAAGAUCAUGAACUUGGAGGAGCGGCUGCGGGCGGAGAACGAGUCGCGAGAUCGGGACAGGCAGGUUGGCGGCGAGGUUGGUGGCCCGAGUAUGGGCCUGCACUCCUCGUCAUCGUCGUCGUCGUCGUCAGCGGCGGCAGCGGGCCCUGCGUCCAGCCCUGCGCUCCGUAGGCCACGACAACUUGGAGAUAUGGGUACUCCAACACGACCCAGAAGACAGCUAGACCUACCAGUAUCACAAAUAGUUCAGCCAAAGAAGCACGACAGUGAAUUUGAAUCAAAACUGCAAGAGAUUAUGAAAAUGAAUGGCAUUUUAAACAUCAAUGGUCAAAGGUACCAGACGGAGAUGAAAGAUCUGGAGCACUUGGGUGAACUUGGUAAUGGCACCUGUGGACAUGUUGUCAAAAUGAGGCACAAACCUAGUGGUGUGGUGAUCGCUGUGAAGCAGAUGCGACGCUCUGGAAACGCAGAAGAGAAUAAAAGGAUAAUCAUGGAUCUCGAUGUUGUGCUCAAGUCGCAUGACUGUCCAUACAUUGUGCAGUGCCUAGGAUGUUUUAUUACUGAAUCCGAUGUAUGGAUUUGUAUGGAACUGAUGGCGACAUGCCUAGACAAGUUAUUGAAGCGUAGCAGGCAGGCGAUACCAGAGGAUUUUUUAGGAAAAGUCACAGUAGCAACAGUAAAGGCGUUGUCGUACCUGAAAGAAAAGCAUGGUGUAAUUCAUAGAGAUGUGAAACCUAGUAAUAUAUUAUUGGAUGAAAUGGGAGGAGUGAAACUUUGCGAUUUUGGGAUAUCUGGUAGGCUAGUUGACAGUAAGGCAAAGACGAGAAGUGCGGGAUGCGCGGCAUACAUGGCUCCUGAAAGGAUAGAUCCACCAGAUCCUACUAAACCGGAUUACGAUAUAAGGGCAGAUGUGUGGAGUCUGGGCAUUACUCUGGUGGAACUAGCUACGGGAGUGUUUCCUUAUCGAGACUGCAAGACUGAUUUUGAGGUAUUGAGCAGAGUAGUACAAGACGAUCCUCCGUCUCUUCCGGCGGAUGCACCUUUCUCCAAGGAAUUCAGGAGUUUCGUUAGCUGUUGCCUCACGAAGAAUUAUAAGCAUCGGCCAAAAUACCACAAACUCAUGGAACAUGCCUUCAUCCGCAAGUACGAUGUUUUGCAAGAUGGCGAGACGAAUUCCUCUCUAACGAACUCUGGCUGUCAAUGGUUUGGCAAAGUCAUGCGGCAGCUAGAACCAAGUUCCAGAUUGCCAGGAGGUCAGCAGCAACAGCAGCGAGUUUCGAGUCAUGUAUCCUUGAAGCAGACGGCUCACCUUCGGGCACAAUCGGAAGUUCCGGCCUUCUUAAGGAGUAAUAUCAAUAGCAGUAUGAGAGAACCUCCAAAUUCUGGUUUUCUGCCAUUUCAUCAGCGUUCCAACAGCGAGAACGGUGCGAACUACGUGCCCUAUAGUCCAUACGCUUUCCGCCGGAAAGAGAUCGCUCGACCGUUUUCACCGCCGACAUCUAAGGACGCGGCAGAUCAGCCAGAACAGAAUCUGCCGCCACGAUCUUUCUCGCCCUAUAGGCAACAUGAGCAAAGCAUCGCCAGGCACGACUACAGCUCUUCGAAUCACUGCUCGACAACGAACGGACAAGGUAGACAGGAAGCAACAACGACGACGACGACAAUGACGACGAUGAUGACGACGACGACGACGAUGACGACGACGACGAGAUCGUUCUCUCCUUACAGGACGCAGGACUCCAAUUUGGAUAGCAAUGGUCGACCAUAUUCCCCGUAUCGCAGUAGUCGCUAUGAAGAGCGCGACAAGACAGACCGAUGGCAGGGAGAUGUCUCGAGAUCGCUGAGCCCCUUCGCCAGAGAUUAUUCGCCCUGGCGACGAGAGAAUGUUGAUCCACCUGUCAUACAGCCACCACCUGCUACCUACGACAACAGCGGUCGUUACUCGCCGUUUCUUCAGCAACGACUUACGCAACCACCGUCACAACAAUCCACAGCACCUCAAACCUAUCCACAGAUGCAGAAUAUCUAUGGUAGUCCGAUGAUCAGCCGUAAGAGGUUUCCUUCGGAGCCACCACCGCAAGGAUCCCAUGGUUCCACUAGUCCACAAUUGCUGAUCUCCCGUUUUGCACAUCAGUUGAAACAGGAAUCGCCACCGUCGUCGUUAGUAAUGCCGCCACAACAGAUUGUUGGUUCAAAGGAGUCCGCAAAGAAACGCUUUGCAUCAUACGUACGUCUCAGGCUUGGCAGUGAACGUGCUCCUUCGCCGGAACCUCCGCCGAGAUUAAGUCGCGGCGAGUCCCCACUUGCACUUAGAAGAAAUUUAGUUGAUCAGGCUUCUCCUUCCUUUCCACGAAGGUACGUCUCACCUCCACCCCAGCCACCACCUAGGAGACUGUCGGAGAGCAAUUCUGUGCCUGGUAGCCCGCAACAUGUGCGAGCUCGCUUGCGUUAUACGCCUGAACCUCAGAGGAGACCUCCGCCACCAUAACCCACCGUUACAAUCAUUAAGCCUUAUUAUUCCUUAUUGGUGCCAUACGCGACUACGGACACCCGAACCACAGUCAUAUGCAUUACGUAGUAAUGAGAUGCAUCGUUAUCAGACGAUGUCUGCGUUAUUGCGCAUACAGUGUGAAUUACAGGAUGCCUGUAGACGCAGAUGUAUAGACGGCGCGUGUUUUCGAAUGUUGUAAACCAAAA